AUGCAUGUUCAAGCACUAUUAAACACACCUGUUACUAUUAAAAAUGUUAACAGUGGGAAAUAUUUGAAUAUUUCUAGUGAUUUUUCAAAUAAUGGAGCCUAUUUUCAAUUAUGGGAGAAUCCAAGUGUCAGUCGUAGUCAAUUUGUCUUGAUAAAAAGUAGUGAUACAGGAAACAACCAGAAUGAUCUAAUUGUUCUCAUCAAAUGUGAAGCCAGCGGUAAAUAUGUUUGUGCUGACAAUGGAUAUAUGAAUGAGGGAGUUUCUAUCAUUCAAUGGGAUAAUCCUGCUUGGAAAAAUUACCAAUGGAUUGUCAAGAAAUGUGAUCAUAAUUCAGUUUCUCUGAUCAAUCUCAACAGUCAAUUAUAUUUGGGUGUUAAAAGUGAUGAGAAAUCAAAUUAUUCAUCCAUUGUUCAAGUCAAUGGACAUUAUUCAAGUGUUCAAUGGUUGAUUGAGAAGGUGUUUCAACCAUCAACCCAAUCACAACAAUUAAUUGUUUCACUUCCAAGUUAUUGGAAGAAUAAUACUUUCUUAUCAUUCACUUCAAGAUAUUAUGUAAUUGAUGUUUCACAAUAUUUGAAAGAUAUUGUACAAGAAAUUAUGAAUUCCACAUGUAACACCCGUACACUCGGAUCAGGUAGAGAUCAGAUUCAAAAAGCAUUUUAUUCUAAAUUAAUAGUUUCAAGUGUUCAUAGAGUGGAAAAUUAUUCUUUAUUUUCAUCUUUUGCAGCAAGAGUUAAUCAUUUACAAUCAUAUCAAGAUCCUCCAAACUAUAUUCAAGUUAAAACUGAAGAAAUUCCAAAAUCAUCAACAGCAUUCGAAUGGAUGAAAAAUAGUGGAUUGAAUUCUGAUAUGAAUGAAAAAUAUUUAUGGCAUGGAACUAAACCUGAAUACGUUCAAGCAAUUACUGAGCAUGGAUCUGAUGAAAGAGUUGCAAGUUUGAGUGGAUUAUUUGGAGCUGGUAUUUAUUUUGCCGAAUAUUGUUCAAAAUCAGAUCAAUAUUGUACACCAGACUCAAAUAAUGAAUUCACAAUCUUGUUAUGUAGAGUUGUGUUGGGAAAACAAACUUAUUUUACUCCAAACGGAAUGACUAAUAAGAAGACCCCCAGAAAUUAG